UUUCCCUACGUCAUCGGCUUAAAUGAAUUAUUGAAUCCACUCAAGAAAUCCACUCUCUUCUUCCUCAUAGCCAUUCCUUAAAAAUGGAAGAAAUUCAAAUAAUUUCCACCUGUUUAGUAGCAACAUCAAAUGAAUCAAAUUCAUACAAAAACACCUCAAAAAUUUCUAAAAUUGAAAUGACACCAUGGGAUUUACAACUCCUCCUUCGUGAUACUAUCCAAAAAGGUCUCCUUUUCCACAAACCAAAACAAGAAAAUAAUAUUGAUCACUUAAAAACAUCCCUUUCUCACACCUUAAACUUCUUUCCUCCCUUAGCUGGUCGUUUUUCGAUCAUCAAAAAUACAGAUGAUGACACAGUUUCUUUCUUCAUCAAUUGUAAUAACGCUGGCGUGGAAUUCAUUCAUGCCAGCGCUCCGAAAUUAACUGUAUCUGCUAUUCUUGAUUCUACACUCGUACCAAUUAUGGUUCACCAUCUUUUCCCACUGAAUAAUGUUCGAAAUUUUGAAUGUGUUACUAAGCCUUUGUUUGGGGUACAAAUAACGGAGCUGAUUGAUGGUCUUUUUAUUGGAUGCACUAUGAAUCAUAGCUUAGGUGAUGGGACUUCUUUUUGGCAUUUCUUUAAUUCUUGGUCAGAAAUCUCUCGUGGAUUCAAAGUCAUUUCUAAAAUUCCAGUUUUAGAACGUUAUUUUCCUGAGAAAAUGAAUCUUCCGAUUCAUCUUCCCCUGAAGACGGAUGAUGAGAAAUUGUUAGAAAAAUGUGAAGUUCCAACAUUUGUGGAGAGGUUUUUUCACCUUAGUAAAGAAAGUAUUGGUAGGCUCAAGGGUAAGGCCAUUUCAGAAACGAAUGUUAAAUCAAUUUCUUCUCUGCAAGCUUUUUUGGCGCAUCUAUGGCGCGGUGUGACUCGUUCUCGCAAAAUUAUUGCUGAGGAAGAAGUGUCUGUUUACUUAACCAUAGGUGCAAGAUCAAGGCUAAAUCCUCCUCUUCCAGAAGGGUAUUUUGGAAAUGCAAUUCAUAUGAAGCAAGUAAAAGCAACUGCAGGAGAGCUACUGAAAAAUGGACUAGGAUGGGCUGCAAUGAAAAUAAACAAGAUGAUUGUUGCUCAAAACUUUGAAGAAGUGAUGGUAAAAUUCUAUAAAGAGUGGGCAGAAAAUCCAUUUAUAUUCUCCAGGGACUCACAAUUUGUGAGGAAUAAUACUAGAUUGGGAAUAAGUAGUUCUCCAAGAUUUAAUAUUUAUGGUAAUGAUUUUGGUUGGGGAAAAUCAAUUGGUGUGAGGAGUGGGAUGGCAAAUAAAAGUGAUGGGAUGAUUACUUUAUAUCCUGGAGUAGAAGAAGGAAGUGUAGAUAUUGAAGUUUGUCUUUUGCCAGAGACUUUGCAAGCAUUGGAGAAUGAUCAAGAAUUCAUGGAGGCUGUAACCAAGAAUUAAAAACAUUCCUUAGUUACUGGGAUCAAUUUUAUGUUGUAUUUACUUAUUUAAUUUUGUUAAUCAGUAAUAAAUACUUUGAAUUAAAAAAAAGUAUUUAUUGUUGCUCCUAAAAGCAUAUGCAAAUAUAUAUGGUUGCCAAGUAAUAAAGUGAUGAUAUGAUCAAGUAUCAUUAUCACAGACUUAUGAUCAA